AUGGCAAACAAAACGGCACGCAGGAUCAAAGAGGCACUGACACUCAAGUCGGACGAGUCUCGCCACGAAGAGGUCAGCGCCUGGUCGAACCGCGACCUCAUUCCCCUGCCGCCCUCCCGCCGCACAUGGGGCUGGUUCAACUUUUUCGGCUCCUGGUCUUUAUCGUCCCUCAACGUCGCAACAUGGCAGACCCCCAACACCUUCCUCACCCAGGGACUCUCCGUAGGCCAGGCCAUGGCCGUCAUCGUCGUCUCCCGCGCCCUCUGCUGCUUCUUCGCCAUCCUCGUGGCUUGGUGCGGUCUAACCUGGCAUAUUGGCUUCACCGUCCAGAACAGAUACACAUGGGGUUUCCGAGCGAGUUACAUCCCGCUGCUGCAGCGCAUUCUCCUCAACUUCAUCUGGACCGCUCUCCAGUGUUGGAAUGGAGGUAAACUAGUAACCGUCUGCAUAACCGCAAUCUGGCCCUCCUUCGCAAAGAUCCCCAACACCCUCAGCAAAAACACCCCAACGACAACCUACGAGCUCCUAGGCUUCACAGUCUUCUGGACCGUCUCCCUCCCCUUCCUCUUCAUCCGCCCCGAACGCUUCAAGAAGCCCUUCUUCAUCUCCUCCGUCGCCUGCGGCGCAGCCAUGGUCGCCAUGGUCGUCUGGUCCGUCGCCGUCGCGCGUGGCGUGGGACCCGUCUUCUACCAGGGCGAAAAAGUGCCCGCCUCGUCGCGCUGGAGCGCCUCGUGGCUGAUGAUGGCGGGGAUCAACCAGGCUAUUGGCGGGAAAGCGGCGGGUAUGACGAAUAGUAGUGACUUUUCGCGGUAUGCGAAGAAUAAGAGGGAUUAUAUUGUCGGCACGGUGUCGGUGUACUGGGUCACUGGCGUGCUUGUUUGCCUGGGCGGGUUGGUUACUACUGCGGCGUGCCAGAAGAUUUAUGGGCAGAUUUAUUGGAAUCCGCCUGAUCUGUUGAUGGUCAUGAUGGAUCACGGACAAGGCUCCCCCGGCUCCCGCGCCGCAGUAUUCUUCCUCGCCCUCGCCUUCGCCUUCACCUCCAUGUUCGAAAACGUCUGCUCCAACGCCGUAGCAGGCGGCAUCGACCUCGCCGGCCUCUUCCCGCGCUACCUCGACAUCCGCCGCGGCGCCCUCCUCACCUUUGCCGCCGCCUGGAUCAUCCAGCCCUGGCAGCUCAUCAACCAGGCCGCCACCUUCGUCGCCGUCCUCAACUCGUUUGCCGUGUUCCUCGCGCCCAUCAUGGGCGUCAUGGUCUGCGACUACUUUGUCCUGCGCCGUCGGCGUAUCCGGCUGUCGCACCUGUUCCGCCCCGAGGGGUCCGACUAUUGGUAUCAGCAUGGUGUCAACUGGAGGGUGAUUCCGUGCUGGGUUGCGGGGUGGGCGCCGACGGUGGGCGGGUUGAUUGUGAGUGCCGGGGGUAUGAGCGGUGCGCCUGACGCGGUGUAUGAGCUGUAUUAUGUUGCGUUUUUCAUUGGGUUUUUGAUUUCGUUUGUUCUUUUUUGGGGGGCGAAUGUCCUGUUUCCUGUUGAGGGUCUUGGCGAGUUCGAUGAGGUGGAUGUAUAUGGUACGUUCACGGCGAGCGAGGCGGCCAAGUUGGGGGUUACGCCUUGCGAGGAAGAGACUAUUGUGUCUGGGUUUGGCAAGGAAGAGGGCAUCGUGAGUUUUGCGGGAGAGGUUUCGGAAGAUGGCUGUGGCAAGGGAGCGCGGUGGUGGAACUUGAGGCGUCGCUGA